AUGUUUGCUGUGGGAAAAUUCGUUUUACUGGUUGAUGCCGACGAUCCAGUUUUCCGUGAUUUAGGGAAUUCAACAGUAGUACUCGUCAAUCAAAUUUCGAAUCUCUCUAUUAAAGAAUCAACUGCUAUCACCAAUUUACGCGUGCCCGCUCAUUUUCUUGCUAACAUAAUUACACGGUCUCCUCCCAUAAAUUCCCCCGAAAUCGCACAAUAUCUCAAACACAUUGGAAACUUGUUAUUCAUCCUUGGCACAUUCACCGAAAAAAUGCAAAAUACUGGCAAAUUCUUUUUCAAAGAAAUUGAAAUUGAGUUUACAACGAUCUAUCAAAACCUGCAAGCAAACGACAUUCUACGUUCGGGCUCCACAAAAAAAUCAUUUAUCUUAUCACGAAUGAACACAAUCCUCGAUCUUGUCACUGAUUUACGCGAUCGUGCUAAAGAUGUUGUUAAUGCAUUAGAUGAGUUUGAAGAACUGUAUCAAACAAGAAUUGAAAGUCACGAGACUGAUGAAAAAGGCGGGUUUUCGAAAGUAGAAGAUCAUUUUAAGAUAAAUCGAGAGGAGUUGAAUAGAUUUUUUGAGAUUUCGGACAUUCAGCUAGGAAUCGAGGAAUUGAGAACUGGAAUAAGAGGAGUGUUGAUAUUCAAAACGCAAUCGAAAAAUAUUAUGAAAUUUGUAGACAACAGUAGGAAAGAUUUGAUUCGUAUCAAGGAAUCAUUUGGAAAGAUGAUUCGCGGAAAAGUUGUAACUGAACAAGAUCUGGAGGUGUUAGCGCACACGAUUGAAAUAAUACAAAAUAUGAAAAAUAAAUGGAAGAGAAAUGUGUUUGAAGGACAUAAAAAUACAUCACAAUCUCAAAAAAAUAAUCUCAAUCCUAAUGACAAAGAACAAACACAUCGUGUCCCAAUUCACCCGUCUGAUGAUCAAGAUCAAAGAAAUCCCAAAAAGAAUCAAAAUGACGACCUGGUCAAGAUUUCUGCCAAUAUAAAAGGCGACCUUUAUGAACCAGAUAAAUUCCAGUCAAAAGAUCCUAUUCAGCAAUUUAGACCUCAGCCGCUUUAUAAUUCUGUUUUUGUCAAUUCACCACUUUUACCGUAUACCGAAAACCCGAAUACUGCACAAUUUACUGCACCUGCUGUUCCAGUCUCAGUUCCUGAAAAAAUACAACCGUUUGUAUCUAUUGUCAACCCUUCAGAUCAAAUAAUCGCUACUAAUCCACUAGUUGCGCCGGAACAUUCACAUUUUUUCCCAGUUACUGCGAAUAAGCAAAUAACAGCCCCUCCAGCUACAGCUGUUGCUGGAGUAGCGCAAAAUGCAGGUGUUGAUUAUAAUUCGGCCAAAACUCAACAGCCGGUCGCAAUUCAAGCAUUACCAGUUGUGUCAGAUUUAAGUUUCACGAAUGAGGCAAAAUUGCAGCCUGUUGAAGUCAAUGAAAUUGCUCGUGAAGAUAAAAUGGAUGUGGAUUAUUGA